AUGAAUUCUAUUCGCCAGGUCCAGGCGCUCAAUAAGCGCGAGCUUGAGCAUGCGAUACCCCCAGAGGCAUCAUGGCACGCAGACUACCGCGACACAGCCUAUAUCUACAUCGGAGGGCUUCCGUUUGAUCUAUCCGAAGGUGAUAUUAUCGCGAUUUUCUCGCAGUAUGGAGAACCGGUGCAUGUCAAUCUAGUCCGCGACAAGGAAACAGGCAAGAGCAAGGGAUUUGCCUUCCUGAAAUAUGAAGACCAGCGCAGCACAGAUCUUGCUGUAGAUAACCUUGGUGGUGCAACUGUCAUGGGCCGUUUGCUUCGGGUGGAUCAUGCGCGCUACAAGCGGAAGGAUGAUGAGGAAGAGGAGGACAAUGUCGCCAAGUUGAUGGGAGAUCCGGUUAUUAGCGAGAAUAAGAAGGCCAAGGAGGACGACCGAAGAGCAAUAGAAGAGAGGCGACCGAUGCUCAAAGAGGAGAAAGAGCUGGAAGAAUUGAUUCGCAACCACGACGAGGAAGACCCGAUGAAGGAAUUCCUCAUCGAGGAGAAGAAGGAAGAGGUCGCUGCUGCAAUUCAGUUGUGGAAUAGCACCAAGAAAUCGUCUCGGCGACGCGAUGAAAGCAGAGAACGGUCAAGUCAACACCACCGCCGACACCGCUCCCGUUCUCCUCGCGAGCGAAGACAUCGAGAUGAUCGUUCUCCAGAUAAAGAGAGGCGAUCUCGCUACAGGUCAUCCGAAAGAGGAGAAAAAUCCAGAAGGGACCGAUCGCCGAGGAAAUCACGCUCGCCUGAGUCCCGAAGACAUCGCAGUGAUCGAGAUAGACAUGAUCGCCGCCGUUGA